AAUAUGUUGACUAAAAGUAAAAACAAACUUACGGCGGUUAACAAACUCCUUUAUGGGGCUCUGGUUCUCCUCCAAACAGUAAAUACAUCGUUUUGGGCAACCCAGAUAUCGGGUAUUGGUGAGUUGUGUCGGCGACCUGUCGGAGAAACAACGGGAGAGAAAGAAACGGCACCGGGGAAUCUAGCUGCAGCAACGUCGUUGGGGAUGGCAGAGGUAUGUGGAACAGAGGCACAUGUAGUUAUAAGUUAGCCCCAUGACCAAGCUUCCAUUCAAUUUGUUACCAAUUUGCUCGUGGAUUUGCAGGUUAUAAACGUGAAUGCUUCUUCUUCCUCCUCUUCUUCUUCUUCUUCUCAAGAAAGGAAUGAGGUGCUUCUGAGUUUUAGAGGUGAGGAAACCCACGAUGGUUUUACUGGAUAUCUUUAUAAUGCUUCGUGUCAAAAGCAUAUUCUCACCUACAAGUAUGAUGAUCAGAGCAAGCUAAGGUGGAGGAUCUAGAGAUGGAGAGAUUAGAGAUGGGAAGUUCUCCAGAACUGGUUCCAGAGCCAUAUCUAGCAGCCUUAGAAGGAGAUUGGGAAAGAAUGAAGAGAUUCUAUGAGAAAAACAAAGAAGCAUUGUUUGAUCCUCUCACGGUCACUAAUGACACCCCAUUUCAUAUAGCUGUUUAUAGUCGAACUAAGAGUCCGCUUGAAGAAUUGAUUCAGAUGGUGCCAAACCCGCCAAUCGAGAAAGCCGAUGAUAAGAAAUGCACACCUCUGCAUGAGGCUGCUGCUAUUGGAAAUGUGGAAGCAGCUCAAGUGUUGGUGCGUUGCUCUCCGGAGCAGCUUGAGGCUAGAAAUGCUGUAGGAGAAACUCCAAUGUAUAGAGCUGCUGCAUUUGGUAUGACAGAAGUGGUCAAGUAUUUGGCUUCCGAAGUCCGAAGCCGCAACUUGGAUAUGCAUUUUCAGCGCAUCAGAUAUGAUAAUACCUCCAUUCUUCAUAGUGCCAUCCAUGGCCAACACUUCGGUCUCUCUCUCUUUCUCUCUCUCUCUCUCUCUCUUUUAAAGUAGCUUUUAAUCUCAAACCGAAAAAAAGUUUUUGUUUUUUUUUUUUUUUUUUCCCCGCUUGUUUGUUGGUCCAAAAGUAAAUAGGAAGUAUCAUAAAAUUUUCUAGUACUCUGUCACAACGAUAAUAGUACGCUACAUCUUAAGAUCGAAAUGCUUCCUUUAAUCUCAAUCUCCUAAGCUCUAUGUAUUAACUACAUGAUCUUAAUUUGAGUUUUUUUUCUCUCUUUUAUCUUGUUUGUUUUUUAGAGCCAUCUCUUGAAACCCAUGGUGUGUGCUAGAUAUAAUCCCAGAAUUUCUUAGCUCGAAGCCAGGAUCUCAUGUGGGUGUGACGGGUCCACCAUUGAACCAAACUCUCUAGUUAUUUUCUAUCAGUUGCAUAAUUGUAUAUUCACUUGAUAAGGCUAAGAGUAUAUGUACUUGCGGAAAUUAAUAGCAUCCAACUUUCUAGCAAAGCCAAAGGUCAAGAUUCCAUUAUGUGGCUACAGCAAUUCGAAACCCCCAUUGAGUUUUUCCAUCAUCGAUGGGUUCCACUUUAGGCAUGGGAAAGUAUGGAUGCCAAUUCCACUCAUUUCCACCAAUAUCACUUUUCC